AUGGAUCAACUUGAGAAGAAAGAACUCGAUACAUCUCGCGGUCUUCACUACCGCUACUUCGUUUCUCCACUUUCCACACCAGACUCAAGCAAGCCGACCAUUGUUCUCUGCCAUGGCUGGCCCGACAGCGCAGAAUUGUGGCAAUUCGUCAUCCCACAACUGCUGCAGACGAAAUGCAGACUGCUCGCUCCAGACUUACUUGGCUCGGGUGGAUCUUCGAAGCCUACAGAUCCAGCAGCUUUCCAGAUCCAGCUCAUGGUCGACGAUGUAAUGGAGGUUCUUAAAGCAGAAGGCAUUGAGGACAAAAUCAUCCCAAUGGGUCACGACUGGGGCUCCUACUUCGCCCAACGCCUCUACAUGCUCCACAAGUCCAAAAUGUCAGGCCUCAUAACACUAAACGUAGCAUACAUGCCCCCAAACCCCGAACCCUUCAACCUCGACGCCAUGAACGCCCAAACCAAACAAACAGUCGGCUACCCAAUCUACGCUUACUGGGAACUCUUCGCCGACCCCCAAGUCGGAAAAGUCAUGGACCCCAACCUCGAAUCAGUCUGGUACGCGUGCCACGGCGCCUCCGAAAAGAACUGGAUGCUCCAACUCUUCUGCUCACCCGGUGAAAUAAGAAAAUUCAUCUCCGCAGGACGUACAGACGUCCCAUUAAAAUCCUACGGGAAAAACGAAGGUUUAAAAAAUUCCUGGCUCCACGAAAAGAAGGCUGAAGGGAUGACUUCACAAUGUUCUUGGUAUCGAGCCAUGACGGAGGGGUAUCAGGAUUCUACUGAUAAGUUUUUGGCCGAGGGGGAGAAGGGGAAAGUCACGACUCCUUAUCUUUUCAUCGGGUGUGAUGGGGAUGCGGUUUGUUUGACGGGGUUUAUUGAGGUGGCGAAACAGUCGGGGGCUGUGAGGGAGGAGCUUUUGACUGUGAGGGAGUUGAAUUCGGGGCAUUGGUGUCCGUAUGAGAAACCACAGGAGGUGGCGGAGAUUGUUGUAGAGUGGUUGGGGAGGGAAGGGUUUAUUUGA